UCUACCAACUUUUCUUCCUCUUCCGCACCACAUCCAUCCGUGCCGCCCCUGGUUUUGGUUUCUCUCUCCUCCUUUCUCUCUCUCUCUCUCUCUCUCUCUCGAUGGCUCGAUCCAUUAUAUAUGAUCGUAGAUGUCCCCCUCCCUCCCACUGUUACACGGUAUCAUCAUCGCCCCACUUCUCUUUGGCAUUUCAUCAAACACCUUCGACCAUUCUGAAAUUAAUCUUUGCUUUGCGGAUCGGUUGCUUCUCUUGCUUCUUUGUUUCUCAAUUUGGAUAUUGAAUUCUGGGGUUUGAAGGAGAAAUUCUGUGCUGCAUCUGAAGUGAAUAUAUCACUAUGGAGACUGCGAGGGUGGUGGAGCAGGGAAGACAUCAGAUGCCGCCGUCGAAGGUUCCAACUCCGCUGAAACAGCUCUUUCGUGCGUGCAGACAAGUUUUCAAAGGCCCCGGAAACGUUCCUUUGCCUCACCAUGUGCACAAGCUGUGUCGCAUCCUCGAUAAUAUGAGACCAGAAGAUGUUGGGCUAAGUAGGGAUCUGCAGUUCUUCAAGCGUAAAGCUGUUGUGAAAGGGACUCCUAGGGUCACGUAUACAACCAUAUAUGAGUGCAACAAAUUUUCGUUGUGCUGCUUUUUUAUUCCGGCAAAUGGUGUUAUCCCACUCCAUAACCAUCCAGAUAUGACUGUUUUCAGUAAGCUUCUAUUAGGCGAGAUGCAUAUUAAAUCAUACGAUUGGGUUGAUCCCGUAAAUUCAGAUGGCUCCACGCCAGCGCCUCAAUUGAGACUGGCCGAGUUGAAAGCUAAUGAUGUCUUCACAGCCUCAUGCAAAGCAUCAGUACUUUAUCCAACAGAAGGUGGCAACAUCCAUGCCUUCACAGCCAAAACACCAUGUGCAGUGCUCGAUGUGAUGGGACCACCCUAUUCUAAAGAAGAUGGCCGGGAUUGCACGUAUUACAGAGACCAUCCCUAUGCUGCUUGUUCAAAUGGAGGAGCAGCGGAAACUGAAGAGAAACACGAUAGUUACUGGUGGUUGGAAGAGAUUGAAAUGCCUGAGUACGCAAAAAUGGAUAGAAUCGAGUACUUGGGUCCACAAGUUACCAAGAGGAGGUCGUAGCUCUCCCGAUGUAUGCCCUCCGAGUAUUUAUUCGUCUCCACGCUCCGAUCUAGGCGGAAGUCUCUCAUUUUCCUACAGUGUUUGAAUUAAGAUAAAAUGGUUGUAGAGCUUCAUUUCAUGAGAAGGGAUCCUCUGCGGAUCUCUUCCAUCAAGGCCACCGGAUCAAGUGAUUCGGGACUUUGAAAUUUCAUCCAACGGUCAUCUGUUUUGACCCCUUAAAAUCUAUAAUAAUUUUUUGCCGUUGGAUGAAAUUUCAAAGGUGUAGAUCACUUGAUUCGGUGGUCUUGGUAGAAGAGAUCCGGAGAUGAUUUCUUCUCUCAUUUCAUUACUUUGUUAUAUUGCUUAUGUACCAUAGUUUUACAGAUUUUCAGAAGAAAAAAAAAAGUUUAGGUGGAUUUGGUAACCUUUAAGUUCAUGGUUUAUGAAUUUGACUACAUUGUGACGUAAGGCGGUUGUUGAGCUGUCUGAUUGUUUCUUCUUUCUCCUAUUUUUAGUAUUUGAAGAAUCAUGUUGCUCAAAGAGCUCAUGUUUUUAAUAA